UUCUGUUGCAAAUGCUUUCCUUAAAUAAUUAGGGGAGCAGAAAGUGGAAGUCCCUGAAUAAAUGCUGUGAUAAAAUGGAGGUGUGUUUAAUAAUGAUCUCUUUGCUCUUUCCUUUAGGUACAAUGGCUGCAGUAGCCCAGAAGCACUUUUUGGAGGGGCAGACUUACUCAGUCCCCCUGAUCCAACCGGACUUACGCAGGGAGGAGGCUGUUCAGCAGGUGGCAGAUGCACUUCAGUACCUGCAAAAGGUGUCUGGUGAUAUAUUCAACAGGAUCUCUCAGCGGGUGGAGGCCAGCCGGGCACAACUUCAGGCAAUUGGUGAGAGAGUCACACUCGCCCAAGCGAAGAUUGAGAAGAUAAAGGGCAGCAAAAAGGCUAUUAAGGUAUUUUCCAGUGCCAAGUACCCAGCCCCUGAACGGCUGCAGGAGUACAGUUCAAUUUUUGCUGGUGCAGAAGACCCAGCUAAACAGAAGGGGCCAAGGCACAAGAUUCAGAGCAAACAUCGAAUGCUGGAUGAGAAAGCUCUGCAGGAAAAGCUCAAGUAUUUCCCCGUGUGCUUGAGCACCAAAAUUCACCAGGAGGAUGAUGCAGAAGAAGGCCUUGGCAGCCUUCCCAGGAACAUCAGCUCCCUCAGCUCCCUGCUACUCUUCAAUACCACCGAGAACCUGUACAAGAAGUAUGUUUUCCUGGAUCCUCUGGCUGGAGCAGUGACCAAGACCCAUGUGGCUCUGGAAACAGAGACAGAAGAGAAGCUCUUUGAUGCUCCUCUCUCCAUCACCAAAAGGGGACAGUUGGACCGACAGGUAGCUGAAAAUUACUUCUAUGUGCCAGAUCUGGGCCAGGUCCCUGAGAUUGAUGUGCCAUCCUACCUGCCAGACCUGCCUGGCAUCGCUGCAGAUCUCAUGUACAGCGCUGACCUGGGCCCCGGCAUUGCACCGUCUGCCCCCAGCAGUGCUAUUCCAGAGCUGCCCACCUUCAACACUGAGUUGGUGGAGCCUUUGCAACCAGAUCUUCAAGAUGCUGAACUAUUGCCACCUCCUCCCCCUCCGCCUCCCCCACCGCCUCCUGUUGUGCCCACCACUGUGCCUCCUCCGCCGCCCCUGCCCCAGCCCACGGCCCCCUCAGAGCCAGCCCGGACAGCGAGCGAGGAGAGCAGCAACACAGUGCCUGCAGCUUCUGUCCAGGGAGCCCCAAAGGAGGUGGUGAACCCCUCUACUGGGCGUGCCAGUCUCCUGGAGUCCAUCCGCCAGGCCGGUGGCAUUGGGAAGGCCAACCUCCGCAGUGUCAAGGAGAGGAAGCUGGAGAAAAAGAAACAGAAGGAACAGGAACAAGUGAGAGCUACGGGACAAGGUGGAGAUUUGAUGUCAGACCUCUUCAAUAAACUGGUGCUGAGGCGCAAAGGUAUUUCAGGAAAAGGGCCAGGAGCCUCUGGGAAUGCCGAUGCUCCAGGCAGUCCUGCCGGUGCCUUUGCUCGCAUGUCGGACUCAAUUCCACCCCUCCCACCCCCACAGCAGCCCGUGGGUGAGGAGGAUGAGGAUGACUGGGAGUCAUAGAUGGGGUCAGUUGAGCAUUAGUGUCAAUCUGCUGCUGUCUGAAAAUUUUAAUAAAGUUGAAAGAAGCAGGUCCUUCCACCUUCAUUUUGGUAAAAGUGGGAAGUGUCAUCAAUUAAGGGUGUGGAAAGGGAAAGCCCAGCUGUCCACGCAUGGCUGGUGGGGACCAGCCUUACAGCACAGCAUCACCAGCCACAAGCCAGAGGGCACCAGCAGCUAGAAGCAGGUGCCCCCCCUCCCUCUUUCACUGGGGGGCAGGCAGAGCUUGUGCAGGGUUGGUACCCUCUGAAGGGGCAGGAGACUCACAAUGGAAGUUUCUCAUAGGCAGCUCUUUCUUUCCCUGUGGGGCUAAUUAACAUACAGGGAGUGGGUAACAGCUCUUGUGUCAUAAUUUUAAGUAUUCUUCAUUGUGAAGAGCCUUGAGAGGUAGCAUCCAGCUGCUGAAACUGGGCAGAGAGGAAAAGGAAGCUCCUGGGAAGAAACUUGCUCAGGAUGACAGAACAAGCUGGAGCCGGCUGUGGGAUGAUGUAGCUGUCCCUGUUGUUAUUGCUGCCCUCCAGCACUGACCUAUAACCUUGGAAAGAACCCCAGGAAUGUUAACCUAAAAAAGUUACUUUUAAUUGAAAAACUUAAGCAGUAGAAAGAACAGAGCAACCCUCUGCCUAAGCAUGAUCACAGGAGAAGUGCUAUAUUAUGGCCAUAUCCUUAUUCCCCUGGAAAGAAUGAACUGCUCUUUGAAUCUACUGACAGCUUGAAGCAAGAGGAUAAGAAAUGUUACCCAUAGCUGCCUUGUGGCUUACCACUCCAGCUGUGUGUUAUUCCAACAGGACACAAACUAAUGGCCUGCUAGUUUACAAUUCCUGUGAAAAGCUCUAUGUUGUCAUUGACCAUCAGGCCUCCUACAUGUGGUGGUUGAUGGGAAAAAACAGAUGUAUUCAGUUAAAAUAAUUAUGCUCCCCAUACU